CUGAAAAAUUAGGGUUUUGGAACCAUACUUUAUUAUCUUUAAAACCAAAUCCUUUUUCACCAGUUGACUCUGUUAAAUAAAAUACCCAUAAUUCCACACUGACUUCUGAGUGAAGAAAAUGUCGACAUCAAGACCGGAGCUCCUAGCGCCGCCGGAAAUAUUCUACAACGAUGAUGAAGCUCGCAAGUACACUUCAUCUUCUCGAAUAAUCGACAUACAGUCGCAACUUACAGAGAGAGCAUUGGAGCUUCUUGCCUUACCAGAUGAUGGAGCCCCAAGAUUACUUCUUGAUAUUGGAUGUGGAUCAGGUCUAAGUGGUGAAACAAUCACUGAGCAUGGACACCAAUGGCUUGGCUUGGAUAUAUCACAGUCAAUGCUUGACGUUGCACUGGAGCGCCAGGUUGAUGGUGAUCUAGUACUUGGUGACAUGGGUCAGGGCUUAGGGCUUCGACCUGGAGUUCUAGAUGGUGCCAUCAGUAUCUCUGCUGUCCAGUGGCUCUGCAAUGCUGACAAGUCCUCUCAUGAACCUCGGUUAAGGUUGAAGGCAUUCUUUGGUUCCUUAUAUAGAUGUUUGGGAAGAGGCGCAAGAGCAGUACUUCAAGUCUAUCCUGAAAAUAUCGCUCAGCGGGAGUUGAUACUGGGUUUUGCCAUGCGAGCUGGUUUUUCUGGAGGCAUAGUUGUUGACUACCCCCACAGUACUAAAAGGAGGAAAGAGUACUUAGUGCUCACUUGUGGCCCGCCAUCUCUUAGCUCCAUCACUCCCAACGGAAAGGGUGAAGAUGGAGAGAGUUGCUCUGAUGAAGAUAGUAGCGGGGAUGAAGAAAACCAGACAGUUUUCGUAUCUGAUAGGCACAGACCUAGAAAAAAGCAAAAAGUGAAUAAGAGAGGCAAAGGAAGAGAUUGGGUUCUGAAGAAGAAAGAACAGAUGAGGAGAAAGGGGAAUACAGUGCCUGCAGAUACCAAAUACACAGCACGUAAAAGAAAGGAUCGUUUUUGAUUCAUCAUUCAUAUGAACUUCAUCUAUUUAUCUAUUUGUGAAUGGAAUUUAAGUUCAUUUUUCUGCAAGAGAACAUACUUUGAGAGUAAUUUUGGAUUGAGUAAGAGCUGAAAUUAAUGAAACUCCUGAUGUAAUGUUCUCCGCGAGAGCUCAAGUUUACUCUAAGAUGGUUCAUGUUUAUUUUUGAGGUCCAGUGUCAUCUCAAUCAUGCAGCAUAUAUUGGCUCUCAUUUUGGAGUUAACGACUGGUUGAAUACAUAUUCCUCAUACAGUAGAAUAGUGCUUGUUUCACAAUUCGAGUGCGGGAAUAUUGGUUGUCUCUUUUACCCUAUUGUAAAACUCAUCAUUAAGGUUGGGUUUUGUAUUUAUAAAUGAUAUUGUUUGAAUGAAUGAAGAACAAAGAAUUCUGAA